CGCCCCCACUCCUCGACCGCGGCUACCGCCUAGGGGCCCCCGGGGGCGAGAGCCUCGCCCCAGCCGCGGGCCCGGGCGUCGCUGCGCAUGCGCAACCCAGGUGGCGGGGGCUGGACGCCACGCUCGGGCUACAUCCCAGCCUAGGCCUCAGGGCGGAGGCUGCAUCGCGCAUGCGCGAGCGGCGAGCGGUUGUGGGGGUCGCAUCUGCUACUUGGCUUUGGCCAAGGGGGGCUUUGCGUUUGCCUCAGUCCGCUGGGGUCCGUUUGGCGUUGCUCCUGGGCAGUCGCUUGCCCGGAGCCUGCUCUGCUAGGCUUCUGCGUCCUGUCAGGCCCCCGGGGAGAGGCGUCCUAGGGCGCAGGUGUGGCGCCUGUCUCGGAGUAUCGUUUUCUCUCCCUGUUCUUCACCGUGUGUGCGCUGCUGUGUUUAUUUCUAUCGCCUGGACCCCUGGCUUCGCCUUGUAAAUCGAACAGGCUCGCUAGCCCAGGUGAUAGGAUGUUUUCGACAUGAUGUCGAGGGAUAGCGCGGAGAGUUCGAAUUUGCUGGACGAAACUGUCAGGCCCUGCUAAGGGAGACAGGAGGGGAAGUCGGCGGCGUACAUCUUAAGCCGGAGGUACUUCUGGGCUCCGCCCCGGAAGCAGCGGUUUUCCAGGCCUUGAAAACUUUCAAGUGCCCCGCCUUGGCUGAGGAAGAGCUUCCUGCCCGCGUUGGAAGGCGAGUGCAGAACAAAGUUCUGCUUUUGUUCUUUGCAAAGCUACAGAAACUUGCAGACAGCUCGAGGCCAGGACUGUAGCGAAACGCAUGUGGCUGAGCUGGCUUGUUCUGCACUUGGCAACUUAAUCCGUGUCAGAGCCGAAUAAAAGUGGUUGAAUGUACAAGCUGAGCUUUGGCAGUUUACUCUCCUCCUCCACCCCCCCGACUGGAAGGUGAUAGCAUCAAAUGUGACUCGAGCCUCCCAGCUUUGCUAUUUCCUAGUCCUGAGUCCCUGCCUGGCUGAACACCUCGUGGCGCAGUAGUACUUAGCUAGGUCGGUUUUGUGGCUCCUGGGGCUGCUGUGCUGUUUUUAACAAUGUCAUUACCGUCUGCAUUGUAAUCUUAUAUGCUGUGCUGAUACAGUUGUUGAGGGUUGGAAUAGAAGCGCCGCGUAGGAAUGGAGACUCGGAGUGCUCCAGGUGAAAUGUCAUAUCUUCUAUUUCCUACUGCCUGGGCACUGCAUACCUGUUACUAAGUAGUAGGUAAAGCCCGCAGGACGAGGCGCCCUUGGGUACCUCACUCCCACCAUACACGCCUAAUCGCUGUGGCUGGGCUCGCCCCGGGACGCCUGCACUUGAUACUUCCUCCCUGCUCAGUACUCACUUUCCCACUCCAUUGAACCUGCAUGGCACUGUACUACAUUUUCAGAUGUUAGGGUUCAAAAAAGGUGGGGAAGCAUCUAGUUAAAGUGGAAAAGACUAUUUGAGGGGAGGACAGAAUGGAAGGGUGAAGAGAGUGGAGGUUCAGCCUGGGCAGGCGGUUUGAGGCCAGGCUUCAUCCCGUUUGAGCGGCAGGUGGAGUUCCUUCUUAGGCUGCUUGUUGGGGGAGGUGCAGAGUGCCGCCUGGACCCUGACAGGGUGGGUGGGGUGCGUGCAGCAAGGCUCAGUGUACAAUGCAUCCUCUUAGCAGUUUGGAAUGUCCCAGCUAAGGGGCUUUUCCAAAUAAACAUUCCACCGACCUUUAGAUUAUCUGCACCUGGCUUCAUUGGGUUAGGGGAUCAGGCCUCAGUGACUUAGGGGGUUCAAAUACCCUGGACUUCAUGCAGUCUUGGAGAAGUGAUUAUAUCCUCUGGCAUAGCCCCUAUUCUGACUCUCCAACCUCUUAUCCCACUCUUUUGGCAUUGUAGCACUUAAGUGCUAUCUUAUGUUGUGUACCUGAAUUCAUGUGAGCUAUCUUCACCCGGAAUCAAAGCUCAGAAGGUGUUUGUUAACUAAAUGAUAGAAAUUGGAAUCUAACUCACUCCGGAGAUACUUUGUACUGAAUUCGACAUGGAUUCCUUCCACAGACGUUCAUUUCCUAUCAGGUCCUGUCCUGGAUGCUUGGUGUCUAUCAGUGAACACAGAUCCCUCCCCUCAGGAGCUUAUAUUCUUGAGAAAGGGGAUCAAUAAACAUUUCAUUAUUAUUCUAGAAAUGAUAAGUGCUGUGAGAAAAUGAGAAAGGGGAUUGGAAGUGCAGGUGUGGGCUGCAGUUUUAAACUAGUCCUCAUGAUAAGUCUGAAGAAUAAAUCGGAGUGGUGCUCCAGAUGUGGAGAACUGGGUUUUAGAAGUACAUGUCCUGGGAAGAGGUGGGCUUUGCCACGUUCUGCUAUGUCUCAAAUGUGGGUCUCCACACUGACAGAUGUCGCCAUCCUUUCUGUAUGUAGGUAGAAUGUAUGUGUGUGUGUGUGUGUGUGUGUGUGUGUUUCAAGAUUUACUUAUUUAUUCACAAGGUAGAAUCCCAGAGAGGAAGGGAGAGAGAGAGAGGUCUUUCUCCACUGGCUCACUCUCCAGAUGACUGCAAAAGCCAGACCAUGCUGAAACCAGAAACCAAGAACUCCAUCCAGGUCUCCCAUGUGGAUGACAAGAGCUCACGCACUUGGACAAACUGCUGCUGCUUUCCGAUAGGCUCAUUAGCAGACAUGUGGAGCUAACCAGUACCAGUGGAUGAUAGCAUCAAAUCAUACAUUCUUCAGUGGAGCUGAGAAUCGCUAAGUCUCUUCUUCCCACUGGCUUGGAACUUUCCAAUCCCAGAGAAAGCCUAAGGGACUGCACAGGACUGAGCCCAUAUGGAAGAAGAACGCCCUCUUUUCUAUGGAGAAAGUAGCAAGGUUAGAGAAAAUCAUGCCCUUGGAAGCAUGCGUUCUCUGUGGCAUGAGGCAUACAUCGUCAGACGUCCAAGGUCACCGCCAGUACAGGCAACUCUGUCGUCACUGAAGAUGUUAGAUGUGGGCAAGUGGCCAAUUUUUUCCCUUUGUUCUGAGGAAGAGCUGCAGUUAAUUCGUCAGGCGUGCGUCUUUGGCAAUGCUGGCAAUGAAGUUUUAUACAGUACGGUGAACGAUGAGAUUUUUGUGCUCGGCACGAACUGCAGUGGCUGUUUGGGGUUAGGUGAUGCCCAGAGCACCAUUGAACCUCGGAGACUGGACUCUUUAAGUGGCAAAAAGAUAGCCUGCCUCAGCUACGGGAGUGGCCCACACGUUGUCCUUGCUACCACAGAAGGAGAAGUCUUUACCUGGGGUCAUAACGCUUACAGCCAGCUGGGCAAUGGUACGACGAAUCACGGUUUAGUGCCCUGUCAGAUCUCCACCAACCUGUCCAACAAGCAAGUCAUUGAAGUUGCCUGUGGGUCUUACCAUUCUCUGGUGCUAACAUCUGAUGGGGAGGUAUUUGCUUGGGGUUAUAAUAACUCAGGGCAGGUGGGAUCUGGUCCAACAGCCAACCAGCCCAUCCCUCGGAGAGUCACUGGCUGCUUACAGAACAAAGUCGUUGUGAACAUAGCGUGUGGGCAGAUGUGCUCAAUGGCAGUCGUGGACACUGGGGAGGUCUACGUCUGGGGCUACAAUGGAAAUGGGCAGCUUGGACUUGGCAGUGGUGGCAACCAGCCCACGCCCUGUAGAGUAGCCGCUUUGCAAGGCAUUCGGGUUCAGCGGGUUGCCUGUGGCUAUGCACACACAUUAGUAUUAACAGAUGAAGGCCAAGUGUACGCUUGGGGUGCAAAUUCCUAUGGCCAGUUGGGCACUGGCAAUAAAAGUAACCAGUCCUAUCCUACUCCUGUUGUUGUGGAAAAGGACAGGAUCAUCGAGAUCGCAGCCUGCCACUCCACCCACACGUCGGCGGCCAAGACGCAGGGCGGGCACGUGUACAUGUGGGGCCAGUGCCGGGGCCAGUCAGUGAUCCUCCCCCACCUCACCCACUUCUCCUGCACCGACGACGUCUUCGCCUGCUUUGCCACGCCCGCCGUAUCCUGGCGCCUCCUCUCAGUGGAACCUGAUGACCACCUCACUGUGGCUGAGUCACUCAAGAGGGAAUUUGACAACCCGGACACCGCAGACCUGAAGUUUCUGGUCGAUGGCAAAUAUAUUUAUGCGCAUAAAGUCCUUCUCAAAAUCAGGUGCGAGCAUUUUCGAUCUUCACUGGAAGACUGUGAGGAUGACAUCAUAGAGAUGAGUGAAUUUUCAUAUCCUGUUUACCGAGCCUUCCUGGAGUACCUGUACACGGACAGCAUCAGCCUUUCUCCCGAGGAAGCAGUAGGCCUGCUAGACUUGGCUACGUUUUAUAGAGAAAACCGUUUGAAAAAGCUCUGCCAACAAACCAUCAAGCAGGGAAUCUGUGAGGAGAACGCCAUCGCCCUGCUCUCCGCGGCCGUGAAAUACGAUGCCCAGGACUUAGAAGACUUCUGCUUCAGGUUUUGCAUCAACCACCUGACUGUAGUAACGCAAACUUCAGGCUUUGCCGAGAUGGACCAUGAUCUCCUGAAGAACUUUAUCAGCAAAGCAAGCAGAGUAGGAGCCUUCAAAAACUGAUGCCGCUGCAGGCAAGGGAGGGGCUUCGCUGCGAAGGCUAGAGAGCACUCAUUUCUGUCCCAUCAGUAGUACCUACCGUGAGCUGCGUUCGGGAAUGGUUACGUUCCGUCCGAAGAAAGAUGGUGUCAGUCUUUUCCAUCGGCCUAAAUCCAGCGUUUACAUAGAAAGCAGCGAAUGCUCUGGUCAAAUAUGACCCUGCUCAAGGAAAGAAUGGAAGUGUUUUUAUCUCUACCUUUUCCUCUUUUCAGUCACUUAAGUUGGGUGCCCUUGGUACAUAGUUCUCAGCAUGAUAUUGUGGACAAGGUUCCCCUAUUCAGCCGGCUGGUGUCACAGAUAGCUUGACAAGCAAUGCUGUCCCUACCACAUUUUCAGAAUCCAGCACAGUGCCUUGCAUAGAGUAGGCACUCGAUGAAUUUAUUAUAAAUCCUAAGUCUUGUCUGGGAAUAGCUUCAUGGAAUACUGGAUAGAGCAAUAACUUGCAUAAAAUCAAGGUAAAACAGGCUGUAAUGACUGGGGUCUGUGUUCUUCUGGUACAUUGUUCUGAGAAGUAGUGGCUAACUUAGAACGUUAAUUAGAAUUCACGAAAGGCCUUAGCACUUAAAUUUUUAAAAGGCCCAAGGGCUAAUUUUAAUUUUCUGUUUACUCUGAGUCAUUAAUUUCUCAUAUGGACUACUGAGUAUGGAAUAUUAUCUUUGAAUGAAUAUGAUUUCUGAGCUCAUCUGCCUUACAUAAUUAUAGUAAGUCCUUUGCUGUUCUCUGUGUUGAGAGAUUUGCCUCCACAAAUAAAAAUGAUUGUGUUUUUCCUAUACUUGAUUUUUAUGUCACCAUAAAUGAGUCUGUCCACCUGGCACUAGUAUAAAGUUCUGGUUGAAAAGGAACUGAUACUUUCAUUUCAUGGAUGGCAUUAAUAAGAUAAAUUUCUACUUUUUAGAUCAAAACCAAUUUGCUCAACAACAAAAGAAACUGGAACAAGAAGUAGCAUCAUUAUUAUGUGUCUCAUAAUGUGGUAUUAUGUAAAGAAAACCCUUUUGGAAUUAAAAAUCUUGUUCUGAUAAACUAUUUGAUAAUAAAGUGCUUAUUUACAGAUAACAGAA